AUGGAUUCUGGUUUGAAUGAGGAAGCUGUUGGAGCGUCGGAUUCCACAGUUUUGAAGAGGAACUCAAAAGAUGUUGCUUGGGAAUAUGGAAUGUUGUCUGAUUCAAAAAAUUUGGACAAAGUUAAAUGCAAAUUGUGUGGGAAAGAAUUUUCAGGAGGUGCUUACAGGAUAAAAGAACACAUUGCCAAAAUUCCUGGAAACGUUUCUGCUUGUCCAAGAUCAUCAAAGGAUGAUCAAGAGAAGUGCAAGAAUGCUAUCGAGGAAGCAAAGAAGAAGAAGAAAAAGAAGGUAUCUCUAGAUGAUGAGCUGCGGCAGACAGUUAAUGUUCAUGGCAGUGGAGAUAUGGAUGAUGUGAUUGAACUUGAAGAAAUGGGAUCAAGAAAGAUGCAAAGGACACUUGGUCCAAUGGAUAAGUUUGCAACAAACAUCAAUCCAGAAUCUAGACCUCUUCCAACUAGACAACAAAAUAUCAAUGAUGCUCUUUGGAAAGAGAAGCUACACAAGGUUCAGCAAUAUAUUGCUAGAUGGGUGUAUGCUUCAGGGGUUCCUUUCAAUGCCAUAGCAAAUGAUGAGUUUAAGCUAAUGGCUGAAGCUAUAGGACAAUUUGGUCCAGGAGUCACACCACCAAGUCAACACCAACUUCGAGAGCCUUUACUUAAGGAAGAGGUUGAUAGAGUUCAUGGUUUGCUGAAACCACAAGAAGAAGAGUGGAAGAAGAAUGGAUGCACGGUUAUGACAGAUGCUUGGUCUGAUCGAAAAAGGAGAAGUAUCAUGAAUCUGUGUGUUAAUUGUAAAGGAGGGACAAUGUUUCGGUCAUCUAAAGAUUGUUCAGAUGAGGCUCAUACAGGUGGAUAUAUUUUUGAGUAUGUCAAAGGCUGCAUUGAGGAGAUUGGUGAAGAGAAUGUAGUUCAAGUGGUUACUGAUAAUGCUGCUAACAAUAUGGUUGCGGCAAGAAUGAUGAAAGAGAUCAAGCCGAGUAUAUUUUGGACAUCAUGUGCGACUCACUCCAUCAACUUGAUGCUUGAAAGCAUAUCGAAACUCACAAGGUUCAAAGGCACAAUUCAGAUGGCAAAAGACUUCACAAUCUUCAUAUAUCACAGUGAUGAGUGUUAAAUUUUGGAAUGGGGUGAUAUGUGCUUGAAGGUUUUUGGACCAUUGGUCAAACUGCUUCGACUUGUUGAUGGAGAUAAGAAGCCUACAAUGGGAUUUCUGCAUGGAGAACUGAUAGAAGCAAAGAAACAGAUCAGUGAUGGAUUAAAACAUGUGGAAAAAAAUGUUAAGCCGAUAUUGAGUAUCAUUGAAGAAAAGAUUAAGGGUCGACUUGACAAUCCUUUGCAUCUGACAGUUUAUUGGUGGGAAACAUAUGGAAAUGCUGUUCCUAAUUUAGCAAAAAUGGCUAAGAGAAUUUUAGCUUUGACUACAAGUUCAUCCGGAUGUGAACGAAACUGGAGUACAUUUGAAGGGGUACAUACAAAGAAACGAAACAGACUUGCUGUAAGUCGAAUGAACAAUCUUGUGUAUGUCCAAUUCAAUUUAAGAUUGAUGAACCAAAGGAAGAGACAAAAGGAGAAUAAUGUUGAUAUAUUGGUUGCGAAUCAUGCUACUAAUGCUCAAUCAUGGUUAGUUGAUGGGAUUUCCAAUGAUGGAGAGGACUCACAAUUCGAUUUACAAGGUGAUAUUGGUGAAGAGGAACCAUUUCCACCAACAAUUGAUGAUGUAGAUCAAAUUAGAGAGUUAGAUGAUGAAGAUGAUUUCAUAUCCGACAAUGAAGAAGAACUUGAUGAUAUUGAUUGCGAGUCUGACGAUGACCAGAUUCUACAAGUUGACGGAGAAGAAGAACUUGAAGUUUAA